AUGUAUCAGCAGAGCAAAGCCAGGAGGGAUAUUCUCUCUCCACAAUACCAUAGACCAGAAGUGCGACAAAAGACUGACGGCCAUGACCAUCAUCAUCUGUGUCACGUCCAGCAACUCACGCGUUACUCAAGGGACAAUCACCUCCACCUCAUCGAGAAUAGGAGCGAUACCAUCGAACCCCAGCUAUAUAACCUGCAACAAGCCCCAAGACCCAAAGAGACUGUUCAUUGUUAUUUCUGUCCUCACUUUCGAGGUCAGGAUCCUAACCUCAAAAUGAACAACGUCGAAUUCAAUCUCCGUGUCCACCGCCACAAGAUCUGCUAUCAUAAUCGAUAUGAAACCCAAUAUAUUCACCACCAACCCCGAAUUCGACCUCCAAAGUGGAAUGAAAACGAGGAGCACAACUACCACAUUGGCCAUUACUAUACCCAAGAAAUCCACUCCAACGAGCAACAAGAUCACGCACCAACAGUCAAGCACUUCCACGAAAAAGGCUCAAAUGACCCGUUUGAUCGUGUCCACCAUAACGCUGCACCACCAGAUCAAGGUACCUGUGCUGGUAUUACCAUGUGUAAGUCACACGAGGACGGGUGCGGAAGCAACAUAAAAGCCGUUAGAUUCGAAGAGGAUGCUAGGAUGCCAGAAUAUACUGAGACACGCGAUUCCAAUUGUCCUAUACAUCGUACCCCGCCCCUUGUGGAAGACCAGUGUUAUUCUCGUCGCAAUCCUCGUCAUCGCCAAACCCAAUCUCGAGAAUCGAGAACUUACAGGUGGGCUUGGGGCCCUCCGUUGCCCGCGGUUGUCACUCGACGUGGAAAGAUUUAUUAUGCAGAGAACUAUUGA